CAACAAUAGCUCUGCUUGUUUUUUUUUUCAAAUAAAAAAAGCACGAGCUCAGCGACAUGGCGCCCGCCAAAGCGCAGCACACAAGCACUAACCAGCAGACAUUGCUGGAUGCGCAGCUCCAGCUCUGGCAUCACGCCUUCGGCUACGUCAAGUCCAUGGCGCUCAAGGCCGCCCUAGACCUCGGCAUCCCCGACGCCAUCCACCAGCACGGCGGCUCAGCCACCCUCCCACAGAUAGUCACCGAGCUGGCCGCACUCCACCCGUCCAAGACACCGUGUCUGCGACGCCUCAUGCGCGUGCUCACUCUCACCGGCGUCUUCGGCGUCGUCGUUCAGCACUCGACGACCGACGGCGGCAGCGAUCUUGUCUACGAGCUCACGCCGGCGUCUCGCCUCCUGGUCGGCUCGGCGCCGUCCAACGGCCCGAACGUGAGUCCGUUUCUGAACAUGAUCCUCGGCACCGCCUUCGUGUCCUCCUUCCUCGACCUCGGCGAGUGGUUCCAGCACGAGCUGCCGGACCCGUCCCCGUUCAAGCUGGCGCACGGGCAGCACGUGUGGGACAUGGCCCGCCACGACGCGAGCUUCGCCAAGCUCUGCGACAGCGGCAUGGUCGCGGACAGCGGGUUCAUCAUGGACGUCAUGGUCGAGGAGUGCGCCGACGGUGUUUUCCGAGGGAUCAGCUCCCUGGUCGACGUCGCCGGCGGGCUCGGCGGCGCUGCCCAGGCCAUCGCGAAGGCGUUCCCGCACAUCGACUGCAGCGUGCUGGACCUCCCGAACGUCGUCGCCGCUGCGCCCACUAGCACCGACGUGAAGUACAUCGCCGGCGACAUGUUUCAGAGCAUCCCAGCCGCAGACGUUGUCUUCCUCAAGUGGGUUCUGCAUGACUGGGGCGAUGCCGAAUGCGUCAAGAUAUUGCAGAACUGCAAGAAGGCCAUACCAUCCGAAGGAGGGAAGGUGAUAAUAAUGGAUAUCGUGGUUGGAGCGGGGUCGUCCGACCGGAAGCAUGUAGAGACGCAGGUCUUGUUCGAUCUCUUUAUCAUGGCUAUCAAUGGAGCCGAACGAGAUGAGGAAGAGUGGAAGAAGAUCAUUUUCGAAGCCGGAUUUAGCUCUUACAAUAUCAUACCCGUUCUGGGUGUUCGAUCCAUCAUAGAGGUCUACCCGUAGUCCAUACAAGUUCAUGUAACAAAGUGCUGUUUUGGGCGACCCUGAUGCAGUUUCGUUGAAAGCGUCCCUGCAUGAUGCUAGAAUCAACAGCCACACACAAUAAUUAAUAAUUCGCAUCACGUGGACAACUUUCCAUGUGUUUGGUUGCUCUCGC